UUGUGUGAAGUGUUCACUUAUUCAGACUCUUAGCUCAAGCUUACAGUUGCAGUCGGAUAAAUCAUAAUAUAUUAACUGCAGUACUUUCAUUCUGGUCAUUAUUGAAAAGUGUUUCUAAUGCUACAUCAUAGAGGGUUUUUAUAUUUUGAUCUCAAAGUAGUGGGAAUUUUAGCAGCUAUUUCAGGACCUGCUCUCUGAUUUGAUGGUGAAAUAUGUAAGAGCCUUUGCGGUCUGCAUGCUGCCCACUCCACAGCUUUCAGAGCUGAAAUCAACAGGGCUUUCACUGCCUGACUGGAUUUGUUGCUGCGAUGUGCUCUUGACGUACAUUUUUGAGAGGGGGUCGUAGCUGAAGCGAGACAUAUUUGACUGGCUUUAGGCCAUGAUGGCUCCACGUAAGCGAGGAGGACGGGGCCUCUCCUUCCUCUGCUGCUGCUUAAAGAAAAGUGAACAUCCUGAAAUCACCUACCGUCUCCGACAUGACAGCAACUUCACACUGCAGACCAUGGAGCCCACCCUGCCCAUGCCCCCCACUGAGGAACUGGAUGCCAUGUUCACAGAACUGGUGGAUGAGCUGGAUCUCACAGAGAAACAUAGAGAGGCCAUGUUUGCCCUUCCUGCAGAGAAGAAAUGGCAAAUCUACUGUAGCAAGAAGAAGGAGCAGGAAGAGAAUAAGGGGGCGACCAGCUGGCCUGAAUUCUACAUCGAUCAGAUCAAUUCAAUGGCUGCUAGGAAGACCCUGCUGGCCCUGGAGAAGGAGGAUGAGGAGGAGAGGAAUAAGACCAUAGAGAGCUUGAAAACUGCUCUCCGCACACAGCCAAUGAGGUUUGUCACACGCUUCAUAGACCUUGAUGGACUGACUUGCAUCCUGAACUUCCUUAAAACGAUGGACUACGAGACCACAGAGUCUCAGAUCCAUACUUCACUGAUUGGCUGCAUUAAAGCCCUGAUGAACAACUCUCAGGGACGUGCCCAUGUGCUCGCCCACAGCGAAAGUAUCAACAUAAUUGCCCAGAGUUUGGCCACCGAGAACAUUAAGACCAAAGUGGCUGUUCUAGAGAUCAUGGGUGCCGUAUGCUUAGUUCCUGGAGGACACAAGAAAAUCCUGGAAGCCAUGUUGCACUAUCAGAAGUUCGCCUGCGAGCGGACACGAUUUCAGACUCUUCUAAAUGACUUGGACAGGAGUACGGGCCGCUACAGAGAUGAGGUGAACCUCAAGACGGCAAUCAUGUCCUUCAUCAAUGCUAUCCUCAGUCAGGGAACUGGGGAGACCAGUUUGGAGUUCCGAAUUCAUUUGCGGUAUGAAUUUCUGAUGCUGGGCAUCCAACCAGUGAUUGAUAAAUUACGGUCCCAUGAAAACUCCACUUUAGAUCGGCAUUUAGACUUCUUUGAGAUGCUACGAAAUGAAGAUGAAUUAGCUCUCGCAAAGCGAUUUGAAAAUGUUCAUAUAGACACUAAAAGUGCGACUCAGGUGUUCGAUCUCAUCCGGAAGCAAAUCAACCAAACGGACGCCUUCCCGCACUUUAUGUCUAUAUUACAGCACUGUCUUCAUAUGCCUUAUAAAAGAAGUGGGAACACGAUACAUUACUGGCUCCUCCUUGACAGAAUUGUCCAGCAGAUUGUCCUGCAGAACGAAAAGGGUCAUGACCCUGAUGUGGCUCCCCUGGAGAACUUCAAUGUGAGGAACGUGGUGCGAAUGUUGGUCAAUGAGAACGAGGUGAAACAGUGGAAAGAACAAGCAGAGAAAAUGAGAAAAGAACAUAAUGAGCUUCAGCAGAAGCUGGAGAAGAAGGAGAGGGAGUGUGAUGCAAAAACUCAAGAGAAGGAAGAAAUGAUGCAAACGCUCAAUAAGAUGAAAGAAAAGCUGGAGAAGGAGAGCAGCGAGCAUAAGCUUGUGAAACAGCAAGUGGCUGAUCUUUCUGCACGGCUCCAUGAUAUGAGCAAUAGGACAAAUAUCCCAGGGGGCCCCCCUCUUGUCUCAUUGGCCUCUGGUAGCGUCCCACCUCCUCCUCCAGGACCGGCUGGCCUGCCACCUCCUCCACCACCUCCAGGUGGAGCACCACCACCUCCUCCCCCUCUACCUGGGGGACCACCACCUCCACCAGGCCUGCCUUCCUUUGGUGCUCCUCCUCUACCUGGAGGUCUUUUGGGCUCCACACUGAAGAAGAGCAUACCUCAGCCAUCUAAUCCACUAAAGUCCUUCAACUGGACGAAACUCAGUGAAAAUAAACUGGAAGGGACAGUAUGGGUGGACCUGGAUGACAUCAAUGUUUUCAAACUUUUAGACUUGGAGGACAUUGAGAAAACAUUCUCAGCCUACCAGAGACAACAGAAAGAGUCUGAGGAUGAGACAGUAACCUCUAAAAAAGUCAGAGAAUUGUCUGUCAUCGAUGGUCGACGUGCACAAAACUGCAACAUCCUUCUCUCAAAAUUAAAACUUUCCAAUGAGGAGAUCAAGAGAGCGAUAUUGACAAUGGAUGAGCAGGAAGAUCUGCCCAAGGAUAUGCUUGAGCAGCUGCUUAAGUUCAUUCCAGAAAAAGGUGACAUGGACCUUCUUGAAGAACACAAACAUGAGUUGGAUCGGAUGGCGAAGGCAGACCGAUUCCUCUAUGAGAUGAGCAGAAUCAACCACUACCAACAACGGCUGCAGUCCCUUUACUUCAAAAAGAAGUUUGCAGAAAGAGUUGCAGAAAUCAAGCCGAAAGUGGAAGCUCUCAGCAAAGCAUCAAAAGAGGUUCUUCAGAGCAAAAAUCUCAGACAGCUUCUGGAGGUUGUGCUGGCCUUCGGUAACUACAUGAAUAAAGGCCAGCGAGGGAACGCCUACGGCUUUAAAGUGUCCUCUCUCAACAAGAUUGCUGACACAAAGUCCAGCAUUGACAAAAACAUCACCCUGCUGCACUACCUGAUAACCAUGCUUGAGCAAAAGUACCCUAAAGUCGCCCUGAUUCAUGAGGAUCUGCAGAACAUUCCAGAAGCAGCGAAAGUAAACAUGACUGAGCUGGAGAAAGACAUCAACAACCUGCGCUCUGGCUUAAAGAGUGUAGAGACGGAGCUUGAGUACCAGAGGGGUCAGCCUCAGACUUACGGAGAUAAGUUUGUGUCUGUCGUCAGUCAGUUCUUCACUGUGGCUGGUUUUAGUUUCUCUGAGGUUGAAGACAGUCUUCAGGAGGCCAAGGAUUUGUUUGAGAAGGCAGUGAAACACUUUGGAGAAGACGUCACUCGCAUGCAACCUGAAGAAUUCUUUGGAAUCUUUGAUCAGUUCCUGCAGGCCUUCACCGAAGCUAAACAGGACAAUGAGAACAUGCAACGACGCAAAGAGGAGGAGGAGCGCAGAGCCCGCUUGGAGGCUCAGCUCAAAGAACAGCGUGAACGAGAGAGAAAAUCCCGGAAGGCCAAAGAGAACUGCGAGGAGGACGGAGAAUUCGACGACCUGGUAUCUGCACUCCGAUCAGGCGAGGUGUUCGACAAAGAUCUGACAAAGUUCAAACACAACCGCAAACGUCCCACCAAACAAAGUGCCGACAGCAGCAGGGAGAGGCCUAUCGCCAAACUCAACAUCUGAGAGAGCUGUGCAAGUGAGUGCUUCCCCCUGGUGGUAAAGCCGAGAUAUUACACCAGUGUCUACUUUGUGUACAAUCUGAAAUGCACUCACAGGAUGAACGUUAUUGUUGUUGUAGCUUGGGUCAGAGAAAGACUCUACCUCGGUUUAUAACUGGAGAGGAUUUCCAGACUCAUUUUACCUGUGCUGGCUGCCAAAAAGUUUAAUAAAUGCUUUUCCAAUUGACAGUGUUUUGAGUAUGACAGUAGUUUGUAUGGCGCUGGUGAGCUGACGUUAGCUGCACCAGUGAAUCAAUUGUUCUCCCCCAGGAAAGAGUGGGCAGAAAGGGCUACAUGCUUUAUAAAGCAUCACAAACAACUGGUGCUGAAAUGUAGAAGCAUCCUUUUAAAAAUUUUUUUUUUUUUUUUUUUUACAAAGCAAAUUUUGCUUGUAAAACAUACAUACCCUGACACCUACAAACCCUGGACACCUUAAUUUAUGUCUGUCCACUCUGACGCUCUAUACAGUAAAUUGGUGUACAGCUUACGCCAUCAACACAAAGGCCAUAUUUUGCAACAUAUGGCCUGGCAAACCUUUACAGAACAAAUUGGACUCAGUAAAGCAGUGUUUGUUGUCAGUAUGUGCAACACAAAUGAUGAAACCAGUGAUACUUUAAUGUCAUUGGACUAUUUGAUCAGUCUGGACGAAUUUACAGGCUGGUCAUUUUGCCAAGUUAGUAUUUCAUUUUGUUACGCUUGCAACUCGAGCACAAACAAUUAUAUGCUUAUAAGCUGCCGUUACAGACCUGUUAAAGCACAAUGCACAGAACUUUACAUCAAAUGAAAAACUAUUGAAAUCAGAGUGUUUUAUUAUAAAUCUACAGAUUAAAUGUAUUGACAGGAAUUAUAGUGGAAAGAAAUUUUUGAGGUCAAAUUUUGAUUGCAGAUAUAUUUAUGACAAAAUCGUCACAAUAUCCUUAUUUUUCCAAUGGUUAUCACAAACAACAUUAAUUGUAAAGAGCUGCAGAUGCAAGACUUAAAAGCACUGCAUCUUAAGCAGUCAGCAAACUGUCUGUCUUGCGUGUAUUUUCUUUUGUUUGUGUCUAUGCUUGUAUAUUUGUACAUAUGCCAAUUGUUUACUCCUCAGACCAAGGCUUUUUCUCAGCCCUUGACACUAUGAUUUUGUUCUAAUAAGUUUCCUGUUGAUCAGAUGCCAUUUAAUCUUUUUCACUUAUUUGUAAUAUUGUAUUACCUUGUAAUAGAUUCCUUUUGUCUGCUGGUUUGUUUAGUUUUCUUUAUUUAAGAAAUCUAUUUGAUGUGAGAUAGGUAAUCAAUAAAUAAACCCAGAGGGUCAUAUAAUUUGGGUAUGACUGUUGAUUUGUGUCUAUUAAAUCUUCAACAAGAUUCAAUGUUAUUUAUCAAUUUACAUCAUAGCCUACAUAACUGCACAAUAUUAGUUAAUAGUGCAAUUGUUAAAAAUAAAACACACAUUUUAGGCUUGUGAAAC